AUGCUGCUCACACGACUGCGGAUGACGGUCCCACUGACUCGCUGCUCGCAGACACGUGGAUUCAUUAAUAUGCUCGGUGGUGCAACGAAAAAGACGGAAAAAGCAGCGACUCAAGCCACUGAAGCCGCUCAAUCAACGGAACACGGCGAGAUUGUGCUUGAUGGCUUUGCAAAGCGUCAAUUUGACGACAAAACGUACUCUGGUACACAACUUGACUUUAACAAGACGGAGUUUAUCAAGAAAGUGAAUGAGAUUUACGAGAAGAACUCGAAGCAAUUGGUUGAUGGCUAUGCGCCAUUCUGCAAACACCUGUUCAUCAAGAACUUUACUCGUGCUCGCCUUAAUAUGGUGCCUAUUACACAGGCUAAUUCAAGCAUGCUUAUGUCGGACUAUGAGGCUCGUACGGAAUAUGAACUACCAGUAUUAACCCGUUGGUUCCCGAGUCACAGUGUGACCCCGAAGGUUGCUGAGUACCUGGACAUUAUCCUGUACAGCCGUGAACAGAUCAUGAAAGAGAAUGAGGCUGUGGAGGUGCCGGCGGAUCCGUCGCACAUGGACUCGCCCUGGGGCAUUGUGGCGAUCAAGGCACAGGACGAGGACUAUGAACUGCCGAUGAAACCUAUUACUAUGAUGCGGAAUGCUAUUGGUAAGUCUCAGGGCGGCUCGGGUGUGCCCAUUAACCGUGAUGAGUACAUGAAGGCGGUCGAGUAUUGGCAAAAUCAUGCUGUAAUCAAGAAAAUGUAG